UCUGGCGUUGGAGCGGCUCCCGCCGCGCCCCGCGCCCCGCGCCCCGCCGGGCGGCCUGGCCCUGCGGUGCCCGAGCGUCCGGCUGGCGCUGGGCUUCCGGAGCCCCGCUUCCCAGCGCGCCCCGCUCUGAGCUGCGCGGCCUCUUGAGCAGAAUAGAACGGAGAGGCGAUGCAUGCGGAGCGCUGGGCACAAAGGAGGCCAUCAAUAAAUGGGAGACGUUGCUCCGGCUGUUGUAUCUGUUCGUUCAUUCUACAAAUUCCCUGGCUCGGGGCGAACCACACAGGAGCUCUCAGUCGGACUCCCUGGUGGUGUGCGAGGUGGACCCAGAGCUAAAGGAAAAGCUGAGGAAAUUCCGCUUUCGAAAAGAGACAGAUAAUGCAGCCAUAAUAAUGAAGGUGGACAAAGACCGGCAGAUGGUGGUGCUGGAGGAAGAAUUUCAGGACAUUUCUCCAGAUGAACUAAAAAUGGAGUUGCCAGAAAGACAGCCAAGGUUCGUGGUUUACAGCUACAAGUAUGUGCAUGAAGAUGGCCGAGUGUCCUACCCGCUGUGUUUCAUCUUCUCCAGCCCUGUGGGCUGCAAGCCCGAACAACAGAUGAUGUAUGCAGGGAGUAAAAACAGAUUGGUGCAGACUGCAGAGCUCACAAAGGUGUUUGAAAUCCGCACCACUGAUGACCUCACUGAAGCCUGGCUCCAAGAGAAGUUGUCUUUCUUUCGUUGACCUCUGGGUUGGGGAUCUGAAUUCCUGAUGUCUGAGUCCCCAAAGGAACUGGGGACUCAGACCCCUAGGACCUGAACAUCCCAGAUCCCGAAGAAAUUAAAAUGCAAAAACUCAGA